AUGGAAGCAAGCACAAAAGAAGUCCGAGACUCCUCUAACCAACAGGGCAGUGGUGCAGCGAGCCAUCAAGGGAGCAAAUGCCAGCCUGUCAGAAGUCUUUGCAUAAUUGAAUCACCAGUUGCACAUAUCUCAGAACCGUAUCAUGACCACGAAGGUGUGGUUAGCACCGUCAAUAACAGGAGGGCCAUCCAGCCACUUAAUCCGGAGAUGGAAAUUAUUUCAGAACAACCUUCUCAAGACCUUGAAGGGUUGGCCAAAGCUAAGGGGAAAGCCGCAGUGAUUGCCGAAUCAGCUCCUCUAGUUGAGAAGAAAAUGUGGAAGCGGACUACAACCAAAGAAAGGAGACUGAACAGGAAAGAACAAGGGAUCAUCAUUUCUGACAUUAAAAGCGUAGGAGGCGUGCGUCACCACCCUGAUCGUCGCAGCCGUCUACCUCCAUCGAAUCCGCCACCCCGCCUCAGACCGACCGGCCUCCCUCUCCGGAUUUGA